CCCGCGGGCUGCGCACCCGGCGCACAGCAGGUGCCCGGCGCGCACCCUUUCGCGGUCGGACCCACGCGCGGUGCAUCUACUAGCCUGGGCCUGCGCGCGCUGGGGUCAGCGGAGCUGCGGGACGUCACCGAUCCGGGACUGACAGCCACCUAGGCAGGAGCGAGGUGUGAACGGAAAAAGGCUUCACGUGCUAGUGAGGCCAUGGCCCUGAGCCUUAGCCCUGCACCAGGGCAGAUCGCGAGGUAGGGCUUGAUUCUAAAGGAGAGAAGUUGCACAAGACUGGCAUCGUUUUGUUUUCAUGCUUUUGCUUUUCAAAAUAUAUUUUUCGGCUACUAGUGGUGCAGAUUCUAGGACAGUUGGCUUGAAUUUUAAGUAGAACGAUCCAUAAUCAGAGCUUUUUGUGGAAUGUGAAUCAAGGUAAUUAUUUUUUUUAAGUUUUCUAUUUUUGCAAUCAAAAGCUGGUGUGGGAGGAAGAUUUCUGCGAGAUUUUCCCUUUGUCUUUGUCAAAAAGAAAAAUGCAUCCUCCUGAAAGCACUACCAAAAUGGCUUCAGUUCGGUUCAUGGUGACACCGACCAAGAUCGAUGACAUUCCUGGUUUAUCAGACACCAGCCCGGACCUCAGCUCCCGUUCUAGUUCCCGAGUAAGAUUUAGCUCCCGGGAAAGUGUGCCUGAGACCAGCCGGAGUGAGCCCGUGAGUGAUAUGUCUGGGGCCACCACUUCAUUGGCCACUGUCGCCCUCGACCCCGCCAGUGACCGGGCUUCCAACCCCCAGGACGUGACGGAUGACCCGAAUCAGAACUCCAUCACAGGGGAACACAGCCAACUGCUAGAUGAUGGGCAUAAGAAAGCCAGAAAUGCUUAUCUCAACAAUUCCAAUUAUGAAGAAGGAGAUGAAUAUUUUGAUAAAAACUUGGCACUUUUUGAGGAAGAAAUGGACACAAGACCAAAGGUAUCUUCUCUCCUUAACCGUAUGGCCAAUUACACUAAUCUGACACAAGGAGCAAAAGAGCAUGAAGAAGCUGAAAACAUCACCGAAGGGAAAAAGAAACCCACCAAGACACCCCAAAUGGGCACCUUCAUGGGUGUCUACCUCCCAUGUCUACAAAAUAUUUUUGGAGUGAUUCUGUUUCUGCGGCUUACAUGGGUAGUGGGCACCGCUGGAGUUCUUCAGGCCUUUAUAAUUGUCCUUAUCUGCUGCUGCUGUACAAUAUUGACUGCUAUCUCCAUGAGUGCCAUUGCCACUAAUGGAGUGGUACCAGCUGGAGGCUCAUACUUUAUGAUUUCCCGUGCACUGGGCCCUGAGUUUGGUGGAGCUGUUGGCCUCUGCUUUUAUCUUGGUACCACAUUUGCAGCAGCCAUGUAUAUCCUUGGAGCCAUUGAAAUUUUUCUGGUAUACAUUGUACCUCGAGCUGCAAUCUUCCGCAGUGAUGAUGCACUCAAGGAGUCAGCAGCCAUGCUAAAUAACAUGCGUGUCUAUGGCACAGCCUUCCUGGUUCUCAUGGUCUUGGUGGUGUUCAUCGGAGUGCGCUAUGUGAACAAGUUUGCAUCACUUUUCCUGGCCUGCGUCAUUGUUUCCAUCUUGGCCAUCUAUGCAGGAGCCAUCAAGUCUGCCUUCGCCCCACCUCACUUCCCGGUCUGCAUGCUGGGUAACCGCACCCUUUCAUCAAGGCACAUUGACAUUUGCUCUAAGACCAAGGAAAUUAACAACAUGACAGUACCAUCCAAGUUAUGGAGCUUCUUCUGUAACUCGAGUCAGUUUUUCAAUGCCACCUGUGAUGAAUACUUUGUUCACAAUAAUGUCACUUCUAUCCAGGGCAUCCCUGGAUUGGCUAGUGGCAUCAUCACAGAGAACCUUUGGAGUAAUUAUUUACCCAAAGGGGAGAUCAUUGAAAAGCCUUCAGCCAAAUCAUCUGACAUCUUGGGUGGCUUAAACCAUGAAUAUGUGCUUGUGGACAUCACUACCUCCUUCACCCUCCUGGUGGGCAUCUUCUUUCCCUCUGUCACAGGUAUUAUGGCUGGAUCAAAUAGAUCUGGAGAUCUGAAGGAUGCUCAGAAGUCCAUUCCCAUUGGAACCAUUCUUGCCAUCCUGACCACAUCCUUUGUCUACUUGAGCAACGUUGUCCUUUUCGGUGCAUGCAUUGAAGGAGUUGUUCUUAGAGACAAAUUUGGGGAUGCUGUGAAAGGUAAUUUAGUGGUUGGUACCUUAUCUUGGCCAUCCCCAUGGGUGAUUGUUAUUGGCUCCUUCUUUUCAACGUGUGGGGCUGGACUUCAGAGCCUCACAGGUGCACCAAGGCUUCUGCAGGCGAUUGCCAAGGACAACAUCAUACCAUUUCUGAGAGUGUUUGGUCACAGCAAAGCCAAUGGGGAGCCCACCUGGGCCUUGCUUUUAACUGCAGCCAUUGCAGAACUGGGGAUCCUCAUUGCCUCUUUGGAUCUUGUGGCCCCGAUUCUUUCCAUGUUUUUCCUCAUGUGUUACCUCUUUGUGAACUUGGCGUGUGCCUUGCAAACGUUACUUCGAACACCCAACUGGAGACCACGAUUCCGCUACUACCACUGGACCCUCUCUUUCAUGGGCAUGAGUAUCUGUCUGGCUCUGAUGUUCAUUUCUUCCUGGUAUUAUGCCAUCGUAGCAAUGGUAAUAGCUGGUAUGAUCUACAAGUACAUUGAGUACCAAGGAGCUGAGAAAGAGUGGGGUGAUGGCAUCCGUGGGCUGUCCCUCAGUGCAGCCCGGUUUGCUUUGCUUCGGCUGGAGGAGGGACCUCCACACACCAAAAACUGGAGGCCUCAGCUGCUUGUGUUACUGAAACUGGAUGAAGACUUACAUGUCAAGCACCCUCGCCUCCUCACCUUUGCUUCACAGCUCAAAGCAGGGAAGGGCCUCACUAUUGUGGGCUCCGUCAUUGUGGGGAACUUCCUGGAAAACUAUGGCGAAGCGUUGGCGGCUGAGCAGACCAUUAAGCACCUAAUGGAGGCAGAGAAGGUGAAAGGGUUCUGCCAGCUGGUGGUUGCUGCCAAGCUUAAAGAGGGUAUCUCCCACCUUAUCCAGUCUUGUGGCCUUGGAGGCAUGAAGCACAACACAGUGGUGAUGGGUUGGCCUAAUGGUUGGCGUCAAAGUGAAGAUGCACGUGCUUGGAAGACUUUUAUUGGCACAGUUCGAGUAACAACUGCUGCUCACCUCGCACUCCUGGUGGCUAAAAACGUCUCCUUCUUCCCCAGCAAUGUGGAGCAGUUCUCUGAGGGCAACAUUGAUGUGUGGUGGAUUGUCCAUGAUGGGGGGAUGCUCAUGCUCCUGCCAUUCCUGCUAAAGCAGCACAAGGUGUGGCGGAAAUGCAGCAUUCGAAUCUUCACAGUGGCCCAGCUAGAGGACAACAGCAUCCAGAUGAAGAAGGACCUGGCCACCUUCCUGUACCACCUGCGCAUUGAGGCAGAGGUGGAGGUGGUGGAGAUGCAUGACAGUGACAUAUCCGCUUAUACUUAUGAGCGCACUCUGAUGAUGGAACAAAGGUCCCAGAUGCUUCGGCACAUGCGGCUUUCCAAAACAGAGCGAGACAGAGAGGCACAGUUGGUGAAAGACCGGAACUCGAUGCUCCGAUUGACCAGCAUUGGCUCUGAUGAGGAUGAAGAGACAGAAACCUAUCAGGAGAAGGUGCACAUGACUUGGACAAAAGAUAAAUACAUGGCAUCCCGGGGGCAAAAGGCCAAGUCAAUGGAGGGAUUCCAGGACCUACUUAAUAUGCGGCCUGACCACUCCAAUGUGAGACGGAUGCACACAGCGGUCAAGCUCAAUGAGGUCAUUGUUAACAAGUCUCAUGAAGCAAAGCUGGUUUUGUUGAAUAUGCCAGGGCCACCCCGAAAUCCUGAGGGGGAUGAAAAUUACAUGGAGUUCCUAGAAGUGCUCACAGAGGGACUAGAGCGAGUCCUCCUGGUGCGGGGCGGUGGCAGUGAAGUGAUCACCAUUUACUCAUAGUCUACUCCUACGAAGACUGCUUGGCGGCCCCUUUCCUAAAAGCUUCAUCCUCUCUGGAAGUGACAGCUUUUCCUACGGCAUCCACUCCCCUGAGGCCUGUGUUCUGUGCACAUCACUCUAAAUGAACAGAUUCACUGUGCCUCAGGUACUUGUUCAGAAGAGUACACAUAGAUGUGCUCUCAGCUGCCAUUCCAUCUGCUAUCCCAGCAGAAGCAGCAAAUAGUCCCUCAACACCAAAAGAAUGUCAAGCCAUGUCUGUACCAGUAGAAUGCAAGUUAAAAUUAGCACGCAAAGCUUUUCAGCACUGCUGAAGGCAGCGACUGAUUAAA